AUGCAAAAAGCUAAAUCUGGUUAGAAAAUAACCAAGUUGACAGCACUGCAGAAUUGAUUUUUAUUUUUGCGACGUUAUUUUGCUUGCUAGGCGAAAUGCAGCCUGAAAGUGCAAUUGACAUCCAUUUGGAGGCCAUGGAAGUGCUAAUGCACCACAUUCUCUACUCGCGGGGCGUUUAUCCCGCUCAGAUAUUCAAGAAGCGUCGUCUUUACAACACACCGGUCCUGGUCUCUAUUUUUCCGCCGCUCAACAAGUAUUUGGCGUCCGUUUUGAGAUCUGCCCGGUACUUACUCGCCCGCCAGGAGCUGCUUUGCUUGGAGGUGAUUAUCUACCAAAAGGACAAUGAACCACUGGAGAGCUACCAGCUCCAAGUGGUGUCCCUGGAGAAUCCAGGUUCCAAGGAUCCCAAUUUGAUGGAGUAUGAGCAACAAUUGCGCUCGGCAAUUUACAAACUAUCCGAGCGGGUGAAGCAUCUCCCCAGGCUUUCGCACGGGCGCUGCCUCUUCAAGGUCCAUGUCCACACAUUCCAGGAUGCAUUCAUCCGGCUGAGCCACGAGUCUCAGUACCAAGAGUUUCCAUAUCUCCAGAUCGAGAAUUUCGAGUCGCAGGCGCCAUCGCAAAAGAUAUCCCUCCUACCCUUGGUGGAUAAUGUUGGACUCAAAAUGCAGGCAUACAUCUUUGGCUGAAUCAUAUAUGUAUGUAGAGCUUAAGUGGAUAAUUAAUUAAAUAUAAUUUGCAUUACUUUUUAAAAGAAAUUGGUUCCGUUGAAAUUGCAUACAUUAAGAAAAAGAGGUUGCCUUUUUCGCUUAAGAAAUUGAAUGACAAUCUUUGAAUUCUAUACUAAGAUACUCCUGAUGGGUCUGAAACCUUUAGUUCCUAGUUCAAAGAAAACGUUUUCGUUUGAAGAAUACCAAAGUAAAUUAUUUAAAUCUAAAGUUUCACUUGUAUAUACAUCAAACAUUAUUAUUGUGGAUAUUUGUUUGUUGAAAAUAAUUUUGUUAUGUAUCCAAUCUAUGGAUUCAAAGGCUAGAUCUUGUCUUUUGUGGAUGCCACUAUUUUAUAAGUACUAGUUUUCAAAACGAUAUUAGUUCAAUUUCACAGCUGCUUUUGUAAAAUAAAAUUAAAUAAAUAAUAUAUAUGGAUGCAUUAAAAAACAUAUACAUAUAUACGGUAUAAUUUCCAUAAUCUAUAUAUGUGAAAACUGGAUAAAAAUGCCUAAAAUAAAGAGAUGACUUCUGAAAAAGUUAAACAAUUUAA